AUGUUAAGUCAUUAUUCAGCAACUAAAUGGGGUGUACGUGGUCUAACCCAAGCUGCUGCAAUGGAAUUGGCUAAAUACGACAUUAAAGUUAACUCUUAUUGUCCAGGAAUCGUAGAAACUGAUAUGUGGGAUAUGAUUGAUGAAACAGUUGGAAAAUAUCAAGGAAAGCAAAAACGAGAACUGACUGAUGAACUUAAAAAUACUUAUGUUGCACUUAAUCGAACAGGACAACCAGAAGAUGUGGCAAAUUUGGUUUCAUUUUUGGCUAGUAAACAUUCCGAUUAUAUGACAGGACAAAGUAUUAUGAUUAAUGGUGGAGCGGCAUUUUCAUAA